AGAGAGAGAUCAGAGCAUACUCUGUCUUGGUUACGAUCAGACUGACUGCCGUUCUGUGAUAUAAUGUGAUAGGGGAGCAAGACAACGAGGAUUUUUGUCCAUGUAACGUGCUUCAGCUGGGAUAUGGAAUAUAAGACUGUUCAGGCGGAAACAGGUUUUUUUGCUGAAGAAAUCAACUUGAAAAUACCAAGAGAUUUUGCUUGUGAUUGUCAUUCUGGCCCCUGCUGACACGGCACGUAGGACACCGGAGAGAAUUGGGAUUUGUGGGGGCAAACAAGACAACUAGAAAGACAGACAGAAAGGGGAUGAUUGACAGCUAUGGCCAAUGAAGAAUUCUGAGUUUUUCUGAAUAUUAUUUGGUUCUGAGACACAUCCGCUGGUUCUGUUGCUGCAUAUUAAUGUGCUUCAGCUGGAGCCAGCCAAAACUACAUAGAGGUUCAAGUUUGUUCAUAAUCAGUUUGUUUCACCGUAGCAUGAUUGUUUUCAUUUCACGUUGUCCAAAGUGACUUUUCUCUACAGUAGAAUCAAUCGGAGAUAUUUGACUAAAACAUCGCAGGUUCAGUGAUGCACCCCAGGUCAGUGACCUUUGACCUCCCCGUACUGUUGGCUGUGCUCCUGUUGUGGGGGCCCAUGGAAUCCAGGGGCCAGAAUGACACGGAGCCCAUCAUCCUCGAGGGGAAAUGCUUAGUCAUUUGUGACUCCACUCCAUCGUCCGAGCCCGCUGGUAACGCCCUGGGCAUGUCGGUCCGCUCGGGCUCCGGCCGGGUGGCCUUCUCCGCCAGCCGCCAGACCAACCACGAGCCCACGGACAUGAGCAACCGCACCAUGAUCAUCUACUUUGAUAAUAUUUUGGUGAAUGUGGGUACUCACUUUGACCAGGAGAGCAGCGUCUUCCUGGCGCCAAGAAGAGGCGUGUACAGCUUCAACUUCCAUGUUGUGAAGGCCUACAAUAGACAAACCAUUCAGGUCAGCUUGAUGUUGAACGGCUGGCCAAUGAUUUCAGCUUUUGCCGGGGACCAGGACGUGACCAGAGAAGCUGCCACCAACGCCGGCCUGGUGAUCAUGGAGAAGGGGGAUAAAGCUUACCUCAGACUGGAGAGGGGCAACCUGAUGGGAGGCUGGAAGUACUCCACCUUCUCUGGGUUCCUGGUCUUCCCCCUGUGAGGAAGGAGGUUGAGGUGUCGGUGGAGGGUGAUAGGAGGAGAAUUGGAUGGAGCAGUAGUGAGAAAAAUGAAAAGGCAGUGAGAGAAAAGGAGGGCUUCAAUCUGCAAUAACAGCGCACGAAAGGAUGUGUUUUAUGCAAAAACGAGGUGAAGAUUGUGCAAAAUUAAGAUAAUUCUCUCUGGAGACCAAAAGAUGAGCAGGAGAAAAGAGGCAGUCAGUAAACAAGAUUUACCCGUGGAUUUAAUUUGAUCUGUUUCUGUGACUAAACAUGUGUUGAGUUUGUAUAAGAGAGACUUUAAUAGUGACAAAAUUAUGAAGUGCAAUGUGGUCUUCUGUGCUAAGAUUAUUUUAUUAAUUGAAAGUGUUUGAAAACAUUGCUGUGCUCCACAUGGCAUCCUAACAAACUUGCCCUUUACUCUGCUGUGUCUUAUGACUGAUGCUCCUCCAUAUGCCUGUUAGUCUCCUGCAACAAAUAUUUAUGUACACAGAAAUUUCUAUUGAGGGGAAAAUAUUGAAAUAAAAUCUGUAUAUCGCUUUAA